GGAGUCUUAAAGUGGGCGUCACUUCCUGUUUAAGGGGGAGGGGGGGGUGUCACAUGACCAAAUUGAAGUCGUAUGAUGUGAACGCUCCUGUCAUUAACUUUAUUUAAACCCGGGGCUUGAACACAGCACCGGGACACCGUCCAGCAGAGGCUCCGCUGUACGGGUUCUGUCGUUCGCUACGCGGCCACACAGACCCAGCAUGCACCCGCCAGUCUCCUCUCGCAGUCCCCGCUGUAGAUGAGCCUCUGCUCGGCCUGCGCUCCCGCACCGCCCCGCUCCCUCCGAACGACAUGGAUCCCGAGCAGCGCUCCGGCCCUCCCCCCCGUCCCGGCGCGGACCACCGCCUCCAGCUCAUCUCCCUGGCCUUCUGCGUCUACGCGGGCAUCUUCCUCCUCUCCCACCUGCUGUCCGCCACGCUGUCCCGCACCUACGCCUCGCUGGCGGCCAAGGAGAAGGUCUUCUGGAACCUCGCGGCGACGCGCGCGGUGUUCGGCGUCCAGGGCGCCGCGGCCGGCCUGCGGGCCCUGACCGAGGACUCGGCCGUGACCAGAGACCGGACGCGGGGGCAGGAGGCCUGGUCGUGGUUCAACGUGCUGACGGCCACCGGCUUCUUCGUGUUCGAGAACGUGGCGCUCCACGCCUCCGGCGCGGUGUUCCGCUCCUUCGACCUCCCGCUGGCCACGCACCAUUUCUUCGCGCUGUCGGGGUUCGCGUCGUUGGUGGUUUGGGAUUCCACGGGACACUUCCUGUCCAUGGUGACGCUGCUGCUGGAGAUGAGCACGCCGUUCACCUGUAUCUCCUGGAUGCUACUGAAGGCUGGCUGCGCACACACCUUGUUCUGGAGAGCCAACCAGUGGGUGAUGAUCCACUCGUUCCACUGUCGAAUGGUUCUCACCUACUUCAUGUGGUGGGUGUUCUUGACCCACUGGGCAGAGUUCAGCGCCCACGUGGCGCUUCCCCCCCGCCUGCUCCUGUUCACUGGGCUCGCUCUGCUGACGUUUGUCAUCAACCCCAUCUGGACGCACAAGAAGACCAUGCAGCUGCUCCACCCUGUGGACUGGAACUUUGGCGAGAAGAGCGCGCCCCCGUCGGGGGCCGCGGGGGGGCGGCCUGCGGCGUCCGUCAAACUGCACGCCAGCUGAGGGGCGUUUUUCCCCGUCUCGGAGAUGCCAUAACUUUUUCUUUUGCUAAUGAACGUUGGAACGCUUUAUAAGACAACUUCCUUGUGUUCCUUUGUUCAGGAUAAAGAAAGAUUGUCAGGGUUUUAUUGUUUAUAAUAUUUGCCUCCUACAAUCUCUUCCCUUUAGGUUUCACUUGCAUUAUGAUUUAUUUUGAAUUUCCCCCCGGUUUUCUUAUCUUAUAAAGAGUUUGUAGGGCAGUGGAAGGGAACACCAGCUUGUUUGCAUCACAAUCAGGACGCAUUGUUGGGAAAUUUAAGUUAACCAAUCAUGUAUUUGUUAUUCACAAUUGAAGAAUACACGCGUUGGGGCUUCUUACAGGAGCUUCUGAGGUGCUAAAACUUGCCAAUUAAGGUGCAGUUUAAAGCAGAUGUGUAAUAUAAUACGGUACUGAAAGAUUCAUGUGUUGUGGCUUGAGGGGUGUGUGUGUGUAUUCAAAUAGAUAUUCACACUGCUGCUUUUGGUCUAUUCAGGGGGGCUUUGGAACAGGAAAGCAGUAAAGUUUUCAGAAUGAGGCGCUAUUGGUUGGUCAUUGAAGCCGUUACCUACUAAGAGGACAAUUGGAUCAGUCCACUCAUGAGUCACAUUGCUGUUUUUGGUGUCAGCAGAGACGGGAAUGUUUGCCGUGGUCAUGAAAGAAAAGGCCUUCGGACACAAUCGUCUUUAUUCACUGAAGGACACAGGACUGGUCCUCUCCAUAGAGGCCCUUUUGUCCAAAAUGGAGAUGUAAUGUGGGGUAACUGAAGCAGUCUACUGAUUUAACCAAGCAAUUUGUUGAUAAUAAUGACUUUUGGGGUUACCUUAUGUGUCAAAUUAAGUUUUAAUUUGUACCUAUGCAAUUACACACAAUGGCCUCAUUGUGUUGGAAGCCUUUGGUUUGUCCGUCAUCAAAUCUGUCAUCAGAAGUUUUUGUUUAAUUGUCUCUACUGCAAAGUGUCUGAUCCUUUUACAGUAUUUCACUUUUACCGGCAGUGUUUCAGCUUUAACGGUAUUGUGGCUCAUUUGUAAUUUUUUAUAUAUAUAUAUAUAUAACCAACAGUUUUAUUUUAUUCCACUCUGGUUGGGUGGAUAUUCUUUUGCUUUUAAAUACAUCAAACAACCUCAAUGACUUUUAUGACGCAAAUAAGUUUGAAGAAAAUGUAUUAAUAACAACUCUACAUUUAAGAACAUCCAUUUCUAACUUUAUAUUGGAAAAUACUAUAUUGUUACUAAAAAAUACUUUUCUCUUUGCAGUCAAUUGGUAAUCAAGCCUGUAAUUGGCACAAUGGGUUUGGUGGAGGACUCUGUAAGAUCUAAGCUUCAACCUUCUCUCUGUGUUGUGAAAUGCUUUAAUGAGUCACAGAAUAAAAUGUUUGCUCUCAC